AUGCUUUCAUUUUGGCUAUGGGUUCUCGGUUUAUGGCCCUUUGCAGUGCUAUGCGUAUCUGGCCGGAAUGAGCCUAUACUGACUGAUAUUAAGAACAUCAGCGCCAUUGUCGCAUUUAAUGACGAUACUAGAAUAGUAGCGAAUACUGAAGAGCGUAUAAUGGCGAAAAAUAUUGCUGGUGGCAAAGAUGGUGAUUGGACUAUACUAUAUAAGAAAAAAUAUGGUAUUAAACAUUUUGCUAUAGAUGAACACUACCCGGAUCGCAGGGCGGUAUUAUUUAGCGGUAGUGGAGAGGUUUAUUUCACUAUGGACAAGGCCAUAACAUGGAAGAAGAUUUUCGACGGUAGUCAGUUCCGUGAAAUGCAGUUUUUAACAAACCCACUGGACUCAGGACUUAUGCUAAUUGUUACGAAAGACUCAGAAGAAAGAACUAAGAAUUAUGUCUCUCAUGAUGCUGGAAAGUCAUUUAGCGAACUUAAAAUUGAGAAUUCUACCUGUAGGUUUGCUAGGCAAUCUAAGGAGUCGGAGUUAGGUGAAAUAAAUACCAUAUUCUGCAUUGGAGACAGCGAUGAGACAAAGAUCUUAUAUAAAAUUGACGAUAUCGGUAACCCAUUGACGACGGUGGAUGAGCUCGAAGGAAAAAGGAUUUUAGACGUUGGAUUUUAUGCCAAUUACUUGGUUAUUGUAACGUUAGAGGAUUUCCAUAACAUACAUUCUAAGAAGACCGUAUGGACAAGUACAGAUGGUAAAGGAUUCCAUUUAGCCCUCUUUCCAAUGGAGCUCCAUAACAAAGUAGAGCUCAGUUCGGCUGUUAGUAGUGGCAAACGUUUAAUCAUCAACUUAUUUGAUGAAGAUAAGAAAUCCAUAAAGAGGUCUUUUAUUUCUGACUCACGCGGGAUUAGGUUUACACCAUUGACGAAGAAGAUUUAUGAGGCCACACGAUUAGACUUUAAUGGUAAAUAUGAUGGUCCAAUAUUUGGCUAUUCUGAAGACCCAUUCGGAUCAUUUUUCUCGGCCGAUUUUGGAAGAACGUGGGAACAGUGUAAGUUGGCUGAUAAUGAGGACCAAGAUGGCUACCCGUGUGAUAUUCGGGACACUAAAAAGUGCGCCUUAUAUCUUGAUGCUAUACCAGAAUCUUCUCUAUAUUCCACUCCUAUGGAACAGACUUCAGGGAUUAUUAUUAGGACUGGUUUUGUUAAAGAUACAACUUAUAAUAGGAAGGUAACCAGAGGUGAUAAGAUGACCUUCAUAUCAAGGGAUGGAGGUAUUCGAUGGAAUAGAGCUUUUGAAUUUGCCGUUUCUGUUGUGUAUGGCGAUUAUGGCAAUAUUAUUGUUGCUUACGAAUCUCAGAAGACCUCGACAGAUAAGCUACACUAUUCUUUGGAUCAUGGCUAUACUUGGGAGAUUUAUCAUUUUGAUCAACCGUUAAAGCACAUGGAAGUUGUAUCCUUAACAGUAGACAAUUCUGGUGUUGAUUUUUUGGUAAGAACACUAUCAUCAAAUUUAUUACUCUCAUUUGGAAACAUAUUCAACGGUAUCGGUUGUUCAGAUAAUGAUCUUGAGGAAUGGGCUCCUUUAGAUUAUGAAUGUAUUGGUGGUUCUUUGUAUAAGACCAAACGUAGGUUGCAAAAUUCAGAGUGCUUGUACAAAGACUCAAAAAUAGAACGUUCUUUAACGGUUGAGCCUUGUAAGUGUACUUUGAAGGACUAUGAAUGUGCUCCGGAAUUUACUGAGAACGACUUUGGAAACUGUAUGCUAGAUUAUGAGUUUAUCAAGAAAACUGGCCGAUGUAAAGAUAAGGACUCUCUAUACUUACACUCGAAGCAACUCAGUCUUGGCAAUAAAUGCCUAGAACCGAUAGAAAUCCCUGCUGAUGAUUAUACAUGCUUUAAGAGCAUGAACUCCGGACAUAAGAUCCAAGUUUCGAGCUCCAAAUUUUCAUCUGAGUUCCAAUCUUACCAGUAUUUUGAUUCCUUGAAGGAUGAUUCUCUGAUACUCACUUCGAAGGAACUUGAAAUUUUUAUAUCGCAUGAUGGUGGGAUAAGCAUCGAAAAGCUAGAUUUGGGGGCUCCUGUUGUCGAAACUGUUUUUAAUCCAUAUUUUGGAGAUGACGCUUAUCUGUUUGGUCUUGAUAACCAAUUACAUAUUACUCACAAUAGAGGGCACUCUUUUUCAUCUACAGAACUACCGAAAUCUAAACAGUUGCUUCUACCACUUACUUUCCACCCUAAAGAUGAGUCAACUUUUAUUUACUAUGGUGGUAAGGAUUGCAAGUCGAUUGACGACCCCAGAUGCCAUAGUGUAGCUUAUAUUACAAGAGAUGGUGGGAAAUCAUUUGAAGAAUUAUUAAGUGAUGUGAUUAGUUGUGAAUUUGUUGGGCCUAUUUACAAGUCACCAGUACAUGAAGAUAUGAUAAUUUGUGAAGUUAGAAAUAGAACAACAAAAACCAAUUCCUUACAAGUAUCCACUAAUUUCUUUAAGGACAAGAAAGAAGUUUUUUCAAACAUUGUUGGUUUUUUCAACACUGGUCAGUAUACGAUUGUCGCUGUCGUUCAUGGGAAAGAUGAAAUCAGAUCAUACGUAACUGUCGAUGGUGAAAACUACGCUGAAUGUAAAUUCCCCGCUAACUUUAAAGUUGAGAAGCAACAGGCUUAUACCGUUGUAGCCUCACAAAAUGGUGCUGUAUUUUUCCAUAUCACCACUGAAUCGAAAUCGGGGAAUGAAUAUGGCUCACUCUUCAAAUCUAAUUCAAAUGGUACGUCCCUUGUUCUGUUAAAGGACAAAGUUAACAGAGACAAAGCAGGUUAUGUUGAUUAUGAUACUGUGGAUGGGCUUGAAGGGAUUGUACUCAUUAAUGUUGUUGAUGAUCAACCUUCCAAAAGUUUUAAAAAUUUGAAGAAACUAAAAACUAUGAUUUCAUUCAACGAUGGUGCAGAUUGGUGGUACGUCCAACCCCCUGCAAGGGACUCUACCGGCAAGUCUUAUCAUUGUUCUAGUAAGGAUUUGAAAAAAUGCUCAUUGCACUUGCAUGGGUAUACAGAUAGAAAGGACGUAAGGUAUAGCUCUACUUCAAGUUCAGCUAUCGGAUAUUUGGUAGCUGUGGGCAACGUUGGUCGCCAUUUGCUUCCAUAUGAGAAAUGUUCGACCUUUGUAUCUGAUGACGGUGGAAUAACAUGGAAAGAAGUGGCUAAAACCCCACAACGGUGGGAAUUUGGAGACAGAGGAAGCAUAAUUGUUUUAGCCGCCGAUGGUAAGGAAGCGAAUAGCAUUACUUAUUCCAUAGAUUCUGGUAAUACGUGGAACAAUUUUCAGUUUAGCGAGGAUCCGGUUACUAUUGAUGACAUUAUCACCGUUCCACAAGACUCGUCAAUGAGGUUUUUGUUGAUGACGAAGGCCACUUAUGUUGAAGGGACUCAGACUGUUACCUUUGCAAUAUCAUUUGCCGAUGUGUUUGAAAGGCAAUGUCAUUUCGAUCCUGCAACACCCAAAGAGAAUGAUCUAGCCUAUUUCCCCGUAAAACACCCGGGUACUAAAUGUUUAUUUGGACAUCAAGCGGAAUAUUUGAAAAAGAUUAGACACGAUUGUUUUAUAGGAACGGCCCCAUUGAAGGAUAGGUAUAGGGUUGUUAAGGAUUGUCCCUGUACCAGAAAUGAUUUUGAAUGCGCCUACAACUUUUUCAGAGACAAAAGCGGUGUCUGUAAACUAGUUAAGGGUUUAAAACCACCAGAUCCAAAAGAGGUAUGUGAUGACGAUUCAGACUUGAUUGAAUACUAUGAAACUGUAGCUUACAGGAAAAUUCCGAUGUCAACUUGUCAGGGUGGGCUGCAAUUAGAUAAACAAACUAAACCACGCCCUUGUCCUGGUAAAGAAAGGGAGUUCAGGAGAAAAUACGGUGCUUAUGAUCGAAUAGCGCUAUUUUGCUGGACGAUACUCUGGAUAGUUUUUUUUGCACUAAUGUACGUUGUUUAUGUUCGUGGGAUUAGAAGAAAUGGAGGUUUCUCCAGGUUCGGAGAAAUUAGGCUUGGAGAUGAUGAUCUUAUUGAGGAAAAUAGAACAGACCGGGUUGUCAACACAAUUGUGAGAACUGGUGCGUUUGUGUUUUGGGGAACAAUAAAUUUAGCGCAGUUACUACGCGCAGAAAGUAGAGGCAUGUUCAGAGGCAUUAGGGACAGGAUUGUUGGAAGAAGAGCUCCAAGUUACUCUUCCUUAAUUCACGAUCAUUACCUCGAUGAAGCCGAUAAUUUACUCACUGGUCACGAUAAUGAUGCGAGUAAUUUAGCUCCAUUCGUAGACGAGGUCGAAUUUGAAGUUGGUGAUGAGCUCUCAUCCCAACAGGAACUGGAAGACCAAGUCGCCACCGAGAACAUAGAUAGAUAUCAUGACUCGGAUACUGACAAUGAAGGAGGUAACAGUAUUGAUAAUAGUGGUAACACUGGUGGUCUUCGAUAA